AGGGUCUAGCCGGGUGGUUUACAGCGACGGACUCCUUCCCCCACUCUGAGGCGCACGCCGAGCGUGCCGGGCAGCUCUGCUUGGUUUCUUCCUCCGCGAACAUGGUGAGCUCGGGAGGGCGAUUGGGCUUCGGAAAGAGCGGAGGCGAGGGGGAAUGUAGACGACUCUUUACCGAGCGCGGUUGUCGCAGCAAAGGCCCUUGCGAGAGAGACAGGCCUGUUCCGGCUCGUUUCCAGUGGCUGCAACCCACGAAAGCUCUGGCCAGAAAUAGGUUUUCUGUCCUUUAAGGCAGGCUUCCUCAACCUCGGCCCUCCAGAUGUUUUUGGCCUACAACUCCCAUGACCCCUAGCUAGCAGGACCAGUGGUCAGGGAUGAUGGGAACUGUAGUCUCAAAACAUCUGGAGGGCCGAGGUUGAGGAAGCCUGCUUUAAGGGGCCCCUGAACUGCUGCGGCCACUGCAGCAGGCCGCAAAUGCUGUUGGAUUGCAACUACUACUAUCUGGGGGGGGGGGGGGGUUAUUGGUAUAUAUAUGUGCGUGUACUGUAUAUAUAUAUAUGUGUGUGUGUGUGUGUGUGUGUGUGUGUGUAUGUAUACACAAACACACACAAACAUAUAUGUUGAUUUUGUUCUGUGAACCGCUCUAAGACAUCUGGGUAUAGGGCGGUAUACAAAUUCAAUAAAUCAUCAUCAUCAUCAGGACUUGAGUCCUACUGUGAAUUCAGUGUGACUCAUUUCUAAGCAGACGUGCCUGGAAACUACAUUGCAAACGGUUAACAACAUUCCGUCCCCCCACCCAUUCACACCUGCUUGUGCUUAGUAAGUUAGUAACUGGCUGUGUCCUGUUGAUGAUGGUUAUUUAAUGUUUAUGGAGAACAUUUGUGCCCUGCUCUUCAGUCAAAGAGCCUCCCAGAAUGGCUUACGUUGGCCAUCAAUUGAAACAAGGCAGUCCCUGACUACAGGUUUUACAAUCUUAAAACACAGAACACGCAGUGGAAAAGGGGGUAGGGAGGGAAGAGGGGAAAGGAUGGAGGCAUGGGUAAAUAAGUACGUACGUAAGAAAGAAAGAUGUUACAGCCAACCUGGCUGCCAUAUAUUGUAGAAAAGUACUGCAUAUAGUAAAUGGUUGUCUGUAUUAUUGCUUGUGUAUGAGCACAUGUUUAAUCACUAGAGGUUAUUCACUGCUAGCUAACAGCCAGCCCAUAUCAGGUGUUUGCAGCAUUUGUUCCUAGAUAAUCUAUGGUAUUUGGCAAGUUAUUGGUAGCAUCUGUGCUCAGAUGCUACAAGAAAAGGUUAUUCUCUGCACUGUAUAAUAUUUUUACUCUCUUGCACAAUUAUUUUCUGCUAGUUUUAGGGAAGAUGAAGAACCUAUAGGGGGCAGUGAAGUCUCUCUUUGAGUCCUUGAGGUAUUUUUGGGGAAGUCCUGUCUUAGAUUUUAACAGGUUUCCCCCUCAAAACUUCCAAGUACAUCUUUGUGACCAUUCUUCUUUUACAUGUUAUGUGGAAAUGUUUUGUUAACUGAAUCAUUAUAUUAUUUUGGUAAUGAAUAAUAAAAAUGAACAAUAAGAAGCAAUACUAAUUUUGUAGCCAAAGCACUUCACUUGUAUUGUGUAAUUGUAGUUCCUACAAUAAUGUUGCAUGGUAAGUCAAUAUAAAUAUCCCCCAUUUUGCAGAUGGGGUGGGAUCGAGUUUGAGAGUGUCUUGCCUCAGGCCACCUAGUGAGUUUAUGACAGAGGUGAGAUCUAAAUUUCCUUACUUCUGAUUUGUAGGCCAGUCUCUUAGUUGCUGCAGUAUGGAAUAGUGUGGUGAUGCUACUCAUUCUUAACCACCAGUAGCCUUUACUUGGAAAUAAGUCUCAUUGAUGUUAUGUUCAUGGAUCUUUUCUGACUAAACAUGCUCAGUGCUGCUGUCUAAAACUAAAAUUCUACCCAUUAAACUUAGUGAGAUUUCUGCAAAACAUUACUAUUAUUGGGCAGCAUAUGUGCAUAAAUAACUGCUUUUGACUAUUUUUCAUCAUCACAAGAAAUUCAGAAGAGGAGGUGAAAUGCUUUGGCUUCAUAUGGAAAAAUAUAAAAUCUGAUUUGAAAUGCUUCAGAGAAAAUUAAGGCUAUAGUCCUGUGCCUGUUUACCUGGAAGUAAGCCCCAUUGAACUCAGUGGGACAUACUGUUGAAAAGAGAUGCAUAGGAUUACAUUGUGCAAUACUUCUAUUUUUGAUUGUCACGCUCUUCAAAAAUGUCCCCAGUAAUACUGUACUGAAUACAAAAUGAAAAACACAGCAUCUGCGCAACCCAUUAUCAUAAUUUGCUGCAGAGCAAACACAUUUUUCUUUUAGUUCUGGAUGUCCCCCAACUGUGUGAGUUGGCUGGCAGUAAAAUAAAAAAUGUGAUGGAACACUAUGUUUGGAAAAUGAUUACCCUCUUCUUAAACUAAGCCUGCUAGGUGGAAAUGUGCUUUUCAUUACGCAAGACUCCGGGAAAGUUUGUUGUACAUAGAAUAAUAGUGUGGUUUAGAACUCUUGGUGAUUGACACAGAAUAUAAGGGAGAAAGCACGAAGGGCCGUUUACUCAAACCUUUAAUCUUGAAUUGAGUUUGGAAGAUAAUAGGGAGAUUGUGUCAAAGAAUACACUUGAGGUUAAAUUAUAUUGGAGCCAUCCUACAUAAUCAACAGGACAAUCCUUGUGGAAAGACAGCAUAUAGGUAGAAGGGUCCAAGUGUAGCCUUCUCCCAAGAUAUUCGGGUUUUAUAUGUGUUGAGCUAACAUUCAGUUAUAUAACCCCUGCCCUGCACAUCCAGUUUGAUCUCUGAAUAUGAGUGCAUCGUAAUGUUUCUGACUUUAAAAAUCGCUUCAGGAUAAUACAGCCUUUAUGGUAUCCUUCUGUGGUAUGAAUACAUAAAAUGUUGCUAUUCCAAUUCUCAUAAUGGACCUUAGUAAAAUACACCCUUUAACCAAAAUCAUGCCUGAUUUUACAGAAAUACAUUUAAAUAGAACAAUUAAGCAACUGUUACAUUUGUUAAUGAAGUUGCUAAUAUAGGGUGUGCAGUUUUGUCUUUGGCUUUCUUCUCUUUUUAUACCAAGAAUGUUGUUGUUGAACUCCCAUCAUCUCUGACUCAGCCAUGUUAGCUAGGAAUGAUGGGAGCUGAAGAUCAACAACAUCUGGAAGGCUACUGGUUCCCUCUCCCUGCAGGAGACAAAUACAAGAUAUACUUUACUAUAAAUCCAGAAAUAAACUUUAUUUUGAUGUUUGUAAUUGCUUUAUAGCCCAUUCAGUGUAUUUUUUCUUUCUUCAUAGUGGUAGGUUUUCAUUCUAUUCUAGCUACUCAUCUUUAUCUCUCUUUUUAGGGAAAAAAACUUUUUAGCAAUUCAAUAUUUUUCAUCUUAUUUAAGUUAUAGCCCCUUCUAUUCCAGAGUAGCUGGCAGGAUAACAGCAUGCUGAAUUUGCUUUGUCCAUUGUAUUUGUGAAUAGACACCAAGACUUCACGUGCUGUUUUUCUUGUCACCAGUGUACUGAGGAAAACUGAGGGAGAAGGAAAUGGCUCCUGGAAGUUAUACAGAAUUUUCGUAUGUCCUAGACUGCAGUUGUCAUUGGUUCUCUGCAACAAAAAGUAUCUUUUAUCUAUUCUUAAUCUUCUGACAAUCAGUUUCACAGAGUGACCCCCACGUUCUAGUCUUAAGGAAGAGGGAGGAAAAAAAUCUCAAUUUUCUCCACAACAGGUGACUCUGGCCCACAGGCUAAAUUUGGCAGUGUGAUAGCUUUCCACAAACCAUGCCCACCUGCCCCACUCCUGAUUUCAUAAGUAAUCUUAGCUGUGGGGCACGUAAAGACAUGGCUGGAUCACCUGUGCAACAGAUCAGAUAGCCCCAGCUAGUUGUCACAUAUGGUAUAUGAGUGAUAGGGGAAGUUACCCACCCUGUUCUAUUCCACCCAUAAUUGUGUACACCUUGUUGAUGUCUCUAUUUGGUCAUCUUUUUCUUCCCUCUGAAAAGCUCAAACACCAUAGCCUUUCUUCUGUGUUGAAUGCAUCUACUCUUGGAUUCUUUUGAUUAUCCUAGUAUGUACCUUUUUCAUCUCUCUCUCUCCUCUCUCCUAUCUCUCUCUCUCUCUCUCUCUCUCUCUCUCUCUCUCUCUCUCGGUGAUUAGAAUACCAUUCACCUGCUAGACACUAUGCAGAGAGUAAGGCCACCAGUGCAUCUCAUUGCUGUUUCCUAGUUCACAGUUAAGAGUCCUGGGAUUCAGAAAGCUGAUGUAUCUGUAAGUGUUUGUGGAGCUGGAGGACAACAACACAUUUAAUGCAGAUGUAAAAACUGAACACCCAUAGUGGUUGUUUGAGAUUAAUUACCAAGUGCCUUAUAUAGAUCCUGUUCAUAAUUCUUCCCUUGGUUGUUUUUAGUGCUCCUUCUAAUAUUUGUUAGUAUGUUCUCAUUAUUGUAAACCUAGUUUUGGCAGCAAUCCUACAAACUGAAUAACACUGUCACCAACACACAUCAAGGGUGUUGAUUAUUAUCACUAACAUUUCAAAAGGUAGACUGCAACAGGAGCUGUGUAGCCAGUAGCACCCCCACAAUCCCAUUGCACAUACAGCCAGGGUGAAAUUUACUGGGGGUGGGAAGGGAAGAAAAAUUGGCCCUUCACUGUGCCAGUUCCCAGGGUGGUGCAGCAAAGACGUAGAUCAAGUCCAUUGCUGCCACGUGAUGACAGCAAUGUUCAGGAUCCAGUCUGUUAGCAAUGGGGUGUCGGGAAUAAGUCUUAUCAGCUAUGCAUUUAGAAAUUAUUGUUGGUAUGUAAAUUUGCUUUAUCUCAGAUAAUAGCUUUAUUGUUUGAGCGGGUGUGUUUGUAUUUCAUCAAUAUGUGAAGGUUAAAUACGUUGAGUCUAUUAAAAUCUCUCAUUUUAAACCCUUACUUUGGUAAAUAGAAUGUUUUAAGUGACAUAAUCUGUCUUGAAUUUAAGGUUUGACUGUUUAUUUUUCAUCAGGUCCUGCUGCUUCUGAGCUGCCUUUCACCUGCAUGCAAUAACUCCCAAGAAGCCUUUGAAGGAAAAUACUUCUCAAAAUUCUUACUGUGUCUUUCUUCUGAUUCUUUUUUUCAGCCUAAAGCAGCAAAGGGCAAAAGGGGAGCACAGGAGAAGAAAGUCAUCCAUCCCUACAGCAGAAAAGCUGCUCAGCUUACAAAAGAAGCACACAAACAAGAAAGAAAGGAAAAGUGAGUCCCUUUGUACUCUUCAGAGGCAGGGAAGAGAAAUACUGACCUGCUGGGUUCUUCAGAGAUUUUUCUUGCCCUAGAAAUGUCAAGAAAUAACUGAGUUUGCAAAGCUUCUCUUAAAGUGGGUUAACAAUAAGAUGAAUUUACAGGUAGAUAGCUCCCUGACAGCCAAUUACCACUAAGGCCAUAAACACUUUCGCCUGUGAUCUCACAGGAUUGCUGACACAUUAGAGGCUGUGAUGGAAAACAUCAAGCUACUGAAAGGCCUUCCUCUCAACCUGUUGCAUCUUGACCAUGUAACCACUGCACAAAUAUUCUUCAGCAUAACUGUUUUCUGAUGUCUGCAUCAACGAAAGCUACUGUCAGAAGAUCUUGCCAUUUCUCAUGAUUCAGUUUUAUAACGCUUGACGUUUCUCAUGUCUUUUUCGAAGGAACAGAAUUGUAGAGUUGGAAGGGACCUUGACGGUCAUCUAGUUCAAGCCCUUGCAAUGCAGGGAUCUUUUUGCCCCCUUUUGCUGUAGGUCAGGGGAUUUUCAGGAGUGGCUUCGGAUACAGGGUAGGCAAAUGCAGUUGGAGUGGAGAAUUGGGAGACAUUGGACAGGUGGUGUAGACGUUCACUUGAUCCUGCUCCAGAAAAGCAGCGCUUUCUUGGCUUGCACAUUCUUGACUUACCUGUGUGCAUGUAUGUGGAAGGGAUGGGGGAAGUGAGAGGUUGCAUUUUUCAGGGAGCGAGUGCUGUGAAGGUGCAUCUGCUAAAGGUCUGCAAAUGCAGAUUGACUGAGCUUCUACACAUUACCUGCUCUGGGUGAAAUGCUCUCACUAGAUCCCAGGAAAGGAGGUAGAAGAGGAGAAGCUAGUACAACAGUCAAAGUCAGCAGUACCAGAGACAAUGACAGUGGCUUUUCUCCUGUUUUACGGCUGUAUGGAUCAGGGUUACAGCCCAUGAAAGUCUUAUACAGGUCUGGUAUAUGUGUGAGAGGGGGGUGGGAAGGAUGAUGGUACACAGAGAGAGGAAGGUAUAAGGAACCCAUUUGCACUACUUCUUCAUAAUCUUUAACAUUUUGUGACCUUAAAAAAGCAUGCUUUUCUGUUACAUAGUUUGAAUAUACAGGCGGACUCUUAGAAUAGCAUCUAUAUUAUCAGUGAAUCAUGGAUCAUGCACAUAUUUUAAUGUGCCAGGACAUUCCUGUAUUUCACAAGAAGUAAUAUGUCAACUGAGAUUCUAACUGUAUUUAUAUCCUAGAAAUAUACGCCUUCAUGUUGACAUGCAGAGCCUUUUACAUAUAGGAUGCUCUUUCAGAGGUGUUCACCUUGUCUUCCUGAGUAAUGAUGUUUUGCUUCCGUUGACUUUUAUAUGGGAAAGUAUUUAUGGCAUUUGUAGGCGUGUAAUGCUAUUUCUAUUGUAAAUACAUAUUGCUCGCCUAUUGAAAUAAAAGAUUAUAAAAGAGCAAAAAUACUUCAAGGGAAAAUAUUGAACUGACAGAAGAGGAGUUUCUGGAGACUCUAGCAAAUGAUGCAUAAUUUUUCUUCCUUUCUUACCCCCAAUAUUUACUGCAUUCUUCAUCCACUUACAGCUAUGCCUCUCCUCAAGAACUCCCACUAGCAGCUUCUCUGAAGAUCUGCCACAAUCUGAAUUUGUGGAAUAGCAAUGCUAGUAAACUUAGUCAUAGUAUGGAUGACUAACUUUAUUUUUCUAACUGCAUUCAGGCAUGGCCUCGCCUGUAUCAGCUAUUACAAGAGAAAAUAGAGCUGGGUAUCAUCAGUAUACUGAUCCUAAUCUCCUGUUAACUGCCCCCAGUGGUUUCAUAUAGAUUUUGAAUAGUACUGGGGACAGAUUUGUGCCCUAUGGCAUCCUGCAGGUGGCUGAGCCACAGUGACCCAAUAAUGCUCUUUGGUACUGACCCCAUAAGCAGGAGUGAAACCACUGUAAAACUCUGCCUCCUUCUCAUGAAUGUGAGAAAUUUAAUCUUACCAUUCUGUCUUCCACCCCGCUAUGUGUGUGUUUGCGUAUGUGAGAGAGAUAAGUUCUUUAUAUAGGGAAUAAUUAAAUUGGAGCUAUCCUUUUGCAGGUUGAAAAAUGAAAAGGCCUAUCGUCUCAGCGUUGUGGGUGAGUGUGAAAAACUAUUUUAUUUUUAUGCUCCAAGUUCAGCAGAAUUAAGUUUUGUAGCAUGCCUUAAGCCUUUAAGCCUUUCUGGAAAAAAGGCAGCCUACAUAAGGCAACAUGCUCUAUAUCUUUAGAAUGACAAUGCUCUCAGCUUGGCUUCAUGAAAGCUGGUGAAGUCACUGCUACUGGGAUACUUGGUUCCUUUGAUGUCUGUUCUUUGAAGCACUUGCAGACAUUUCUAUUACUGCUUCCUUGUGGAGCUGCAGUGGGCAUUUUGGCAUCCUUCAGAAUAGAAUUGCAAAUAGAAUUUGGCCACAUGUGGCUAGCUAAAGAUAUCAGGUUUUUGCUUUGGAUUUAAAGUGUGCAACUUGGAAACUGUGUUGUGUGAUUUUUUAAACAAACAAACAAACAUCAGCGUUUCUAAAGUUCUGAUUUGCCAUUACUCACACUUAGUGCAUCUAAACUUUUUUGCCUUUUACAAGCAAAUGGACCAACUUAGUUUUCCGCGUCACAUUGCCAAGAUGCUUAACUAGCAAAUACCUUGCCUGGCUCCUCUUUCUUCUCCUUCAGUGAGGGAAUGGGAAAAGGUUGCAGCUCAGUGGUUGAACAUAGGUUUUACAUGCAGAAGGUUCCAAGUUCCUUCCUUUCUCACAAAGGAUGUUGGGUAGAAGGGUAGGGAAGAACCUCCUUCGACAUAGGAAGAUUUAUGGCAUAUCCUGGCAAGCAGUGUUAGGCUGGCUGGACUAAAUUGUCUGAUGGUGCAGUUUUAUCUGUUCACUGUUAGCGUUAACAGCAGACACGGCUCCUGCAUAUUGAAGUUUUAGUUAGGAACAUCACUGUCACAUUUGUGCAGGAAGUCAGUCUUGGCUGUGCUGCUUUUCUGCUCCUAUCUAAAAACAGGUAACUACAAAAUCUUAAGAAGAGUGGUUCUUGACACUUUCCCAUUUUGUAAAGUAUAGCUUGGAUAAACAUUUGAUACAGGUAAUCUAUGUCCUGUUCACAGCAUAUCUAGUUGAUUCUCAUAAGUAGCCACCUAGUCCUCUGCUGAAAACGUUAAAAGUUUUCCAUCUUCCUAGGCACCUUAGUGCACUGUGGAACUGUAGGAUGUUCAGAUGUCUCAUUGUAUUUUGGGAGACCUAGCCUUUGGAUGGGUAAAACCCCUAUGGCAUCCAUAAGACGGGAAAGCUACAGUGCACUUGCCACAUGCAUCCUGCUGGUUGCUUUCUCCACGCCAUCAAUCUUGAACAUGCUCAUACUUUUUUCAAUCAAGACAAGGAACUCAACUGGAGUCACACAAUCAGGUGGCACAAAUAUGAUGGUUUUUUUUAAUGUUGCAGCUACUACUAAAAAUCCCUCUGGGUGUAUCCAUUUAUAUUGUCACAUGUUAUGUUACUUUAUGCAGUUGGUCUGUUUGAGAAUGUUUAAGAGCAGUUGCUUAGAGAAAAGUAAGCAGCAGGACAGAUGUGUGAACCUACUCCAUGUGUAAAGUGUCUGAACUCAUAUUCGUCUCUUCCUGUAAUAUAUGUUGCACGUACCUUGUUUGCAUUUGGGGGUUUAUAGCAGAUACCCUUGAGCUGAAUUAAAGACUGUCCUUGGCAGAUAAAAUAACUGACAAAAGAUUGCCAUAACCCAUCAUGCCUCUUGGUCAUUCUUCUGACUUCUAGGAAAUGCAUUGCUCUUGAUCACCUUUUGUCUUCUAACAGCCACUUCAUGGGAGUUGGCAGCAGGGGCCUGUCCGGGAGCUGAGACUUCACUCUUGGAUCCCAUACAACUCUGUGAAACAAUUUCUCAUUGUUUAGCUAACUGCCCCUUAAAAUAGUUAUCUUUGAUUUGUUCCAGAAACAGUGGAAGGCUUUUACCUCACCUGUGUUAUAUAACAGGUGUAGUAAGCUCUUGAGCACUUUUUUUUUCUGUUAUAGGGGAAAAAUUGCUUUGGUUUCAAAGUCACCUUGAUCCCGACAAAGUGGAGUACACAAAAAAAGAAGCCUGUGAACUAACAGAAAAGUAAGUUUGCAGCACACAAGGAAACAGAAGGCCUGUUUUGGUGGAAGCAAGAGUGAUGAGGUGCCUUCUCCCAGCUGGUGUUUACAUGCAUGGGAUGCCUUUCCUUUGCCAUUAUUUUCCCCUUGAUGUUCACAAACUCUUGUCUUAUUUAACAUUUUAUGUGCGCUCAGUUUUCAUGACUUUGUAGAAGACUUAAGUAUUACAUGGCUAAAAAAGUAACUGUAAUAAUUAGUAAUCCUUAGCUCAUUAAUGUUCCAGAAUCAUUUUAUUUCAGUUGUGCAGAAUUAUUUUGCACCUAUUUACAAGUAGCUGUGAAAUACUUGACCUUGUUUUUUAUUUAAGUUGUUUGAAGCCAGGAGAUAGGGAAAGUAACUGAAAGCAGCAUAAGCAAUCUAGUACUUAAUGAAUUGAUGUUAUAAUCAAUAUGGUUGGUGAAAAUGUGUUCAAAAGAGGUGACAAAGGUGUAUUUUCCUCUUCCAAAAGCUGCUUACUGGGUGGGGUGGAGGAGCUGGGACAAUUUCACAGCUAGCGGGUCUCAGUUGCUUAUCAAGAGGAAGAGGUGAGAAGACAGCAACCUUGCUCUUCCUACAGCAGGCUUUAGUGUGGGUGUGUAUGGUACUAUCCUGAAAGCAUGAAUAGCCCUAUAUCCUCCAAUUUUAUUUCUACCUUCUGGGAAGCUAGCGUAGUGGCUUCACCCUGCCACUUUGUUCCCUUCAUAGCUUUCUCCUGCUCUGUCAUGUGAAAUCAUGGGUGGGGAAUGCUUUUCAGAUGGAGGGCAUCACUCCCCUGUGGCUGACCUUCCAGGAGCUAUAUGGCAGCUGUGAGUGGGGCCAAAAGUGGAUGGGGCAACCCCAAGUCUCCCACACAGCACACCUUCAUUCAUUCAUAUUCUCAUACACAAACACCCACACCAAGUUGCUCUUGUUCCUCCUCUCCUUUCCUCUGCAGCAAUGACACCUGAAGAAGCCUCCCUUUGGAGCCAGUGCAAGUCAUUUAAAAAAUCUUAAUUGCUUCAUCAGGGAUUUCCAGAGGGAUGGUGAUCGCAGAGAAUUGGAGAAUACUUCUUCCGUGCCUGGCUGCAACCCCUUCUGCUACCCCCCUCUCCCAAGCACUUAAGACUUCAGUGCCAGUGGAAGGCAUUUUUCAAGCCUAAUUGCUGCAUGGAGUUGGAACUAGGAGCAGAAGGCCCUGUGGGCUCUAUCUGUCCUACAGGCCACAGGUUCUUAACUCUUGUGAUGCAUAUAGAUCAUAGGUAUAGACCAGUGUUUCCCAAACUUGGGUCUCCAGCUUUUUUUGGACUACAAGUCCCAUCAUCCCUGACCACCGGUCCUGCUCGCUAGGAAUGAUGGGAGUUGUAAUUCUAUAAGAGCUGGAGACCCAAGUUCGGGAAACCCUGGUAUAGACAGUGCGUUGUUGUUGUUGUUAAAAAGGUGCCAGUACUUAAUACCUCUGUCAGAGCUGCUUCAUGGGGGCUUUGUAGAGCAACUGCAAGGGUGUAAUGUUCGAAGGAUGAAAACCUUUCCCCACAUUGACAUUUUUACUGUGUUACAGUUAUCUGCAGCGUUUCAGCGAUGAGUUGGAGCAGAUUGAACUGCGUAACAGUAUUAAAGGACGGCAGGGCAGACAGCACAGUUCCAGAGAAACAGCCAUCAAACAGACUAUGGAACGUGAAAGACAGAUGUAUGAAGGAUAUGGCCUAGGUAUGACUGCAUUACUGCCUUGCCAUGCUAAGAACUGAAUCUGUUAUGAAUAAUUUCUUGCAGGCAAAUCAGAACUCUAUACAGGGCAGUAGUUCACUAGAUUUCUGCUUUUGGACAUAACCCCCUUCCAUAAGCUGCAACAGUUCCUUAGCAUUAUUUUCCUUUAAUUUACUGUGUGACACCCUCCCCUCCCUAAUGCCGUUGCAUCUCACAUGGCCUUCACAGUAGUGGGUUAGAAUCUUCAUGGGGGAAAGCUGGUGAGUAGAUACUUGAGUUGCUUGGGAAUCCUAGGAAUCAAAAAAAGGCAGUGCAGUUUUGAGAGGGUUAGUCUGCCAUCUUGAUUAAAAAUGACAUGCAUUUGUAUCUAAAUGUAGAUGAAAACCUGCCUUUGAUCUCUGGACCCACUGUGCAAAAUUUGGUUACAAUAUCUUAAGGUUUCCAAAUGCAGAGUAAACAGACAGACACAAGACAGGCAACUCUGUAUUAUUCAAGAAACAGAAUGAAAACUCAUUUUAAAGGUUGCAUGUUGUAUACAAGCUAAAAAUACACCUCAGCAAUAUUCAGAAAGUGUGAUUUCUUGGUGGCCUCUUCCUUGUUAAAGGUAACCUCCAAUCAUUCAUUCCUUGUUAAUGCUCCUGCUGUGGAUGUUGGCACAAUGUCUGUACCGAGCUUCAAUUUAAGGAAAAUUGUUGCAGCAGAUAGUGUAAUUAGAGCCUGCAGUCUAAAAUCUAGAAGUCAUUUAGACCAUGUAGCGUUACUUAGUUUUAAAACCUUUGGCAUCUCCAGGAAGUCUCCCCCCACCCUGCAGUUUCCUUUCUCUUAAUGAGAGAGAAUUUAUGUAGCCUUGAUUUAAUUAGUUCUUUUCUUGCCGAAGAUAAAGUUUCUCAUCCCUCUUGGGAAGAGAAAAAGAAGACUAUCUGGACUUGUAAAAGCAGCAAAAUAGGAAAGCUUGUGUGUCCUUCCAAGAUUUGUAGGUGUUAAGCAAUGAGCAAACUGUCUCACUUUAUGUUGUUAUGGUGCGUGGUGGCACACUGCCCUCCUAACCACUCCCUGGAGCCAGUUUGGGGCAUGGCAGUGAGGGCAGGGAAAUCACAAGAUUGGUGGCCAGACUUGCAAGUGCCCACACAUCUGUUCCUGUCGCUACUGCCAUCGACCUGGUACUCCUCUGCUAUGCACUCCGGCUUCUGUCACAGGGUUCCAUUGUGCGAGAAGCGGUUUAGUCAUGUUGGCUGCACGACCUGUGUUGGCCACGUGACCCUCAUGUUGGCCACAUGACAAGCUGCCUGCAGACAAACGCCGGCUCCCUCGGCCUGAAGCGAGAUGGACGCUGCACCCCAUAGCUGCCUUUGACUGGACUUAACCAUCUGGGGGUCCUUUACCUUUUACUCCUCUGCUCUUGCUGUCACACCCCAUCCUGGUCCUGGUGAGCAGAAGCACUACUGCAGUUGAGAGUGUGGUGUGCUGCCAGCUCACAUAACACAAGUGUUUGUUCAGCAAGCUGCAUGUUUUUUAAAAAAACUGGGCUGUCCAGGCAAAUGAGCAGGUGUUGCCUAAAGAUCAGAGGCUUUCUGGCAAUUGGAGACAGGGGUUUCCAAAGAGAUGCUGUGACCUUCCCUGAGUUUCUAUACCUGCCCUAAUAUAUCAAACCCCCAAACUUGUGGUUGAUGUUACUUUCCAUGCAUCAUUCUUUUCAGUUUCCUUUGCUGCACUGUUUUAAUGGCUGAAGGCAAAACUGAAUUAGUAGGUUUUACUGAAAAGAUUAUCUUUCCCCUUCCUGUUCCCGUCAGUAUGGUACAUGAGCAGUUUGGGCUUUCAAGCACUCUAUUCUUGGCUGUUAAUAGCUCCAUUUUGGGGAACUGCAUGGUGAUGUCAGUAAUCUGCAAAAUAAAUCCAAAAUCUUACACCCCUGACACACACAAUGGCUGUAUGAAUCAGCUACUAGACAAUGGACAGUUUAGUGUUAAUUCAGUCAGAACAUUGCAAUAUAUAUUUAGUGUCAAAGCGUCCAUCAGAAUAAUCUCAUGCAGCAGUCAAAUUGGGAACUGCAUGCUUUAAUGCUCUCAAUGUCAAGAGUGUUCGUUUUGCACCGAUAAUUUUUUCCUGCUCUACCUUUCUCACGAUCACCUAUGUUGAAUGAGCAAUUUGCUAGUAUGACUACCCUACUCUGCCCCAAUCUGCUCCCUGAAAUUGCAAGGCAGCUGUGACACCUGCUUGUUAUGGGUCUUACUUCAGUGGAUUCUCAAAUGAGCUAGUUCUAUUUGACAAAGAAAUAUACCUCUCUGAUUAGGAGUGGUUUGAUUAAAAGCUUUCAAUCAACUAAAAUGGUGUCCCUGAUUGGGCAUCGGAUUUUUCAAAACAUAUUUUUAAACACAAGUGUUUCUAGAAACUCCAUAUGGCAAGCACCACCUUGAAGCAUUCUCCCUUGUGUCAAACACAGGAGAUAUGCUUCUUCUAAGACUAUGUUUGCUGUAAUACUUGUUUCAUCCAAAAUGAAGGGGGGGGAAAGUAUUUUUGCUUCAGAAAUGUUUAUUAAUUAUAUACAAAUUUAAUCAGCCAACUAACACUCCUAUGCAAAUUUAAUCAGUCAACUGACACUCAUAUGAUCAAUUUAAAGUGUCUUCAAUUGAAUUGCAGCCCUGCUUUUAAUGGUAGCUUUCUUUAAACAAUUUGUUUUUUGCUCUUUGUUAGGGGCAUGACCUUGAGACAUCUAAAGCAGCUACCAUUUCAUUUCAGUGCAGCCUUCCCCAACCAGGUGUUCUCCAAAUUGUGGGUAGGGGGCUGACUGGGGCCAAGAGGAGUUGUAGCUGAAAACAUCUGGAGUUGCUAUGAUUUUGACCUUUCUAAGUAGUAUAAUCAGUAGAAAAAUGAUGAGAAUUCAGUAGAUGAAGUGCACUAUCUGGCAAGGUUUUCUUUUGUUUCAGAAUCUCUGAGCACAGAUGUUAUAUAAUCUAUGGUGUUGUGCAUUUGGAGAUACUGUAAGAUUUAGUAUGUGACCAGUAAUAUAACCACAGCUGUAAACUGUUGGGCAAAGGAAUCAGAAGUGAGGUAUUAUCAUUAUCACCACUGAUACAUGCACAAAGAUCAUUGAGGUUUAGCCAAAUUCAAAAAGCUCUCAAAAGAAGCACCCUCCCCUGAUGUACAGUAGUACUUAACAGGUUGGUGCUAAAGAUGCUUUCCCUAAUAAUUCUUUCUUUCAUAGUAGACAGAACUCUUGGCAAGAGUCCAGUAUUUGUUUUCUGUUUUUUGAAGGUCGGGGGUGUGGAAAUUCUCAGUUUCUUCUAGGUAGGUACUAAGUCUCAGAGCAAAUUGAUUAGUCUCUUUCAUACUAUCAGAACCAGAAGUAGAGGGUCCUUCAGCUAGCAUUUUAAAGUGUCUCAAAUCAAAAUUUCUGUUUAGAAAUGGUUAGAUGAUCUUGGUUUUUAUUCUGUUUCCAACAGAGAUCCCCGACAUUGUGAACUGUAAGCACCUUAAAACAUUCAGGUGAGUUGUUUUCUUAUUUAAACUCACUCAUACUGUAGCAGUUCUGCGGGGGGGGGUGUCAGUGUGGGGCAGUCUGCAUGUCAGAACAAAGUUUGGUCACUCCCAAGUCCUUAAUUUAAGGCGGAACACCUUAAAUUCACUGGUAGAAAUGUUUGAUUAGCAGUGGUUUCCAUGGUCUAAAAUACUGUCAUUUCCCCUCCUUUCCCUACUUCACAGUACCUGGGAUGGUGAUUUGCAGAAGCUACCAAACAUUAAAAUGAGGAAGAUAUCCAGUAAAGAUGCUCUUAGCAGUUUAACUAAGAAGGCAACAGUUGAAGCUGAGAUGGACUUGGAUGUAGCAAAGGAUGCAGAGAAACAAAUGCCUGCUGGUAUGGGAAAUGACAGCUGAAGCAAAUUGCCAAGCUGCUAUUUUAAUGUUCAGUUAGAGCUAGACUAAAUCACAUUUUGAGUGUAAAUGUGACAGGACCCAGGUAUCUUGACUAAGACCAGCACUGUAAUUUAGCCUUCAAUUCAUGAUGUAAUAAGACGAUGUUGCAUUAAAAACAUGUGGUUAGUUUUGAAAAACUAAGUUCAUAGACGUAGCAACUAGAUGUGGGGUACUCUGACCAUGCUGAAUUUAUUUAAAGCAGCAGAAGAAGGGAAGGGUGAAAAAACUACUCCUUUUGACAGGUUUUUCCCAGCUGGUUUUUUCCUGGAGAGUGAGGAGUGGUUUCCUUUCAGACCUCAUCUCAGCAGUUAUUAAACCUGCUGGGGUAUAUCAAGCUGGGAAGUAAAAUAGAGACAAGGAGGCAAUUUCAGUCCCCUUACUCCUGCCUGCUCACACUGAUUUAGCUACAUUCCUCCUUGCUUGAAUUUGGUGGCAACCUGACUCCUAAAAAGGGUUUUGCUGCCAUAAUGUCUAUUUUGGCCCAAAUGGAUCCAUUUUUAUCUUGCGCUUUCAGGAUGUUGUUCAGUAGGUUUACGGCAGGGAUGGCUAAUCUGUGGCUGUCCAAAUGUUGUCCGAGUCCCAACUCCUGGCAUCCCAGUCAGCCAUGCUGUCUGGGGCUGUUGGGAGUUGGAGUUCUGCGACAUCUGGAGGGUCAGUGGUUAAGCACUCAUGCUUGGUUUAGGAGGAGGAUGUUAACAUAGUGCAUUCUUGAGAACUGGUGUCUCCUUGCCACCCCAUCUGUUAUAUAAAAUUGUCACCGUGCAGUGGCAGCUUUCAGGUUUUACCAGUGCAGAAUUUGUGGGUGCCAGUACCUCCUGCAGUGCCCUCAAAAAUCCAGAGUGUAUGACCACUUGUUCCUCUUGCUCAGUGCCUGUUUGCACUUGCUUGGCCUGUUGUGCACUGAACAUACCUCCUUAAACAGGUCAAGAUUGGAUACCCUCCCUGUUUUCCAUUUUGAGCAGAGGAGAUGGGCAGUGAAAUGUUCUUUUCUCCAUAGGUGGUGCGUGGUGGGAUGUCUCUUACCAUUUUGUGGCUUUGUUAUCUUUUUCUGCUCUUUAGAUUUAGCAGCUUUGUUGUGUAAUGCAACGUACACCCCUGCCCCAAGUUGCCACAUCAUUUUCUCAAAAUUUGAAAUGCAUCCAUUGGCUCGGAAAGGGUUGGCAGUCCAUAUUAUCAACAUAUAUGAUUGCACUUUAAAAGCAAAUGACUUACAAGUAACCCCUAGAGGCAUCUGUUUAAUACAAAUACAAAUUUGUUCCACAACAAUUAGUAGUUUAUAUUAAGUUUCUUUCCCAUCCCAAAUACCUUUUUAAUACACAAGUCACCCACAAAAGCAUCUAAGCUCUUUUGCAAAAGAGAACUGGGUAAAACAAGUAACAAAACUUUUGGGUCUCAACAAUAUACACAGUAAAAUAUUUGCAUCAUAGAUUGCAUUGCAGUGCAAGUUUCAAAAUUUGACUGCUAAUUUUGGUGGUGGAGUUGUGUACUGAUGUACACAUUUUAGAACCAAACUAUUGACUGCUUUCCAGCUGUGGCAAUAGCACCAGUAGGCUGCUUAGUUAUGCUUGUAAAGCUAAUAGAACAAUCCAUAGGGGAACGCCCCUGAUAGCCCCAUACAGAGUUGAUGAAGACAAUUAAUUUGGCAUUUAACACUACCUCAUUGUUAACUUUUCAUCAUCUUAGUUUUUCUAAGGGUAACCUUAUUCCACCAUGUAAACAUUUUCUUUGAUACAACUUCUGAUAUCUCUAAUGGUCAUCUAUUGGUCAUCUAUUAACUGGCACUAGAAAAGACAGAUCACUAUAGUCUGUGUGUGACAACUGGCAUCUCCAUUUCGUGGGGAAAAAAGUAACUAUUCCUUCAUAGCUGCUUCAGCCAGCUGCAUUGGAUUUCAGAAGCAUCAUCUUAAAAAGGAAAAGAUCUUGCUUCUAAGCAAUGGAACCAAGUCACUAGUAUGUCUUGAAAGCAUGGGCUCCAUACAUGGUCUCCUUCUGGUGAUAAAAAAACUAUUUCUGCCCCAUGCAUUGUGAUUUAUAGUCAUGCCCGUCUCCAGGAAUCCAAUGCUUGAUUGCUAUGCUGUCGGGAGAAAUGAUCAGUUGGCCUUCUUUUAAUUUGCUGAAUGCAUGGGGACCUAAAGAUGAAACGUCGUUGAUUUGGUUGCAUUGAGACUUCAAAAAUUAGCAUUUUGAAUUAACUUAGUGGAAUUCAGUAAGCAAUUUAUAUUGUGCCCUGUCCAGUAUGGUGCGAUGUGCUGCAGCUGUCUUAUCUUUUAAAGUAUUUAUAUCACAGUAGUCAGCUGUUUAUGCAAAGCAAUGGUACAUUAUUAUAAAAGGCUAUAGCUGGGCAGAAAAUUACCAGGUCAGCUAUCACUUCAGUUUAUAGUUAGACCAUAUCUGGAUGUGUGUGUGUCUUUUUCUUAGUGAAAUGGAUAUGAACCACCCAGUUUGGAAUUAAUUUUAUUCUGAUCUUAAUUUUGUUCAGUCCCUCCUAUGACCUCUAUUCAAAUACACAGUGUUCUAAACCCCACAAAGAAUUUGUGUGGCUCCUUCAUCUGACAGUUUAAAUGUUAAAAUGCAUUUCUUCAUUGUAGCAUUAAAGUCUUCAUCGAUGGGUUAUUUAUGCAACUUCUACUCAAGAUCCCCAUUAUCAACUCUUUUUGCUAAACUAUUGUCUUACAUAAUCUCAUUUUAAUGUUUCCAAACUAGGGCCAUGAUUCCAAUAAGAGAGGCCUUAUUUCAACUACUGAAAUCACUGGGGAAAGGCCCAUUAAUUUUAAGGAGGCUAUGUGCUUUUUGCAAUUUCUCAGCUGAUCCAUCACAUACAUCUGCUGAGUAUUUUCAGAAUCUAUGUCUUACUGUGUUUUAUAAGUAUGAAAUGUGAAAUGUAGUCCUUUUAAAAAAUUAAUCCACUGCAGUUUGCCACCAUAAGUUCCUCUCAUUACUAGUAACACUGUUCUUGUAUAACUCACAUUACUUGGGCACAACUCACAAUACAUUCAACAAGCAUAAGAGUGGUAUAAGGGCAGGUGCAGUGCCCUUUCUUUUUAGGACAUCCAAUCAUUUAGUCUGCUGAGGUACAUCAUUCUGAAAUGGGAUGCCAAAGUUAUUGGCUUUCCCCCCAUGCAAGUCAUCCCUGCUGGGUACAACACGAUACUGAUAUAUAUCUUCUGCAUUUUCUAUUUAGUCACACUUCAGUCUUACAUUACUAUGCUAAAACCACAAUAGUAACAACUGAACGACUGAACCAUUAAUGAUUCAGCUUUACUCCUGUAUAGAAGGUACCACAUACUUUGUCAAUUUAGUGGACAUCAGAGAGAUACUGGCAUAUGGGUAAUGCUGCCUACUUGGACUCUUUCAAUACUGUCCUAACAAGUUUCUGAAUCUGUUCUAUCCUGAUCUCUUAAACAAAAGAAUAGAAUUUAAUCUCCCACCCUUUGCAUAUUUUACACACUAAUAUGUAAGUACUAAAAACAUGUUUUCAAGGUUUCCUGCUGCUUUGUCUGCAAUAUAUCUCUGAUUAUAGAACAUAUUACCCUUUAGCAGAAUUUUGGAGGUGGCAGGAAUAUUCUGUCAAUUUUAGCUCUUAUGAAUAAGCAGCAGUCAAAUUGCUGCACCAAAUGAAUAUAAAAAUGUGAAAGAAAAUGAUCAUUUGUGCAUACAAGGGAUAUUUUCAGCUACCUAGUUUACAAAUACUCACAUUUUAAACAUACGUUUUCAAUGUUAACUUUUGGAAAGGAUUUCCUUCAUAUCGCCUUCAAACCAUAUAUGCUGCAGGUCAGCCACCUCUUUGUAAAAUUAUCACAUUAUGAGGUUCGGGUACUUUGUGCUAUGGUGCAUAUCUCUUUGCAUGACUUUAAGGGUAAAUAUGAAUCAUUUUAAAAAUUACCUUGAAGAGAGUGUGUCCAAGAUUACGAUAAUUAGCAAAAAAGACCAUAGUAACAAAUAGAUGUAAGGGUUUUCUCCUUGUAAACAGAACACUGGUAGUAAAUCUGCAUAUGCAGCUCUUUUCAGCCAUCAACAGUGGUACUUGCCAUGUUUGUUUGCCUGUUCGAAAGUCAUCUCUGAUGCGCUUUCUUCUUUGCAUUUUCACUAUGCUUAGCCACUUCACAAUUACAUUCCAGAGGUAACGUGUAACUUCUCUUGAUCGAUUUUUCCAUUUGUUCUUCCUUCAGAUUUACUUAGUGGUUUUGCUGUUUUAAUGUGGCUGAACAGUAGGAAAGCACAUUACUUUGUUCUUCAGUAAAGAAAGAGAAACGCAGCUUCCAUCAAACCGGCAUCACAUCAGAAACAGUUUCUUCUCCUGAUUGUUGAGAGUUUGUACCUGUCUGUGAUACUGGCACCACUACGGAGUCUUUGAUUUCAGUGUUCUGAUUGGAGGAAUAAUUUUUCUCCUCUAGUUUUUUGGCAGUGUCUGGACAGUUUUGAACAAAUAUCACUCGAUUGUAAGCCUUAAGCCUUCGCCACAAUUGAAUGUAGACUUUACAUUGCACGUACAUGAAGACAAGGCCUCCCGUGAACCCAAUGGCCACCACAACCAGUUUUGUCCAAAAUGGCCACUCCAGCACACCUUUCAGAGUUAAAAAGGGGGUGAAAGAGGUAGAGUUAAUAUUACUGUUUCAUUUCCCCGCAGAGUUGCUAUUUGCUUCUAAAUUGCGCUUAGUGAAACCUCCUGACACAUGGAGGCUGCAAAGGCUCCCCUACCAGCUCAGUUCCUAAGGCCUCUCGUGUUGAGCAGUGAAGCUCUGAAGUUUUCUUAAUAUUAUGGUUUUAGAUAUAGGAGGGUUCCCAGUAAUGAAUUUGCCUAUACUGAACAGAAAGAAUAAUUAUUUGCUCAUGCAUGCAAGCUAAACUUUCCUGACAUUUAUGUGAAAGGGUUCAAUUCCAUGAGAUUAGAUGGGAGAGAAGCUCUAGGCUGUAAUAUCCUGCCUAUGGAGUUCCCAUAGGAAUCUAGUUGGGUACUGUGAAUAGGACACUGGAUUAAAUGGGUCCCUUAGGGCUCUUUAAGUUUUAAACUGGAUGUGGAAAUCACUUGUUUGGGGGUCACCCCCUGUUGGAUACCCACAUUUGCAAUUGACUUUUAGGUCCUUCAAGUCACUACUUUGGGCAGAGCAUUUCUUUUUAACAUUUAUUUACAGAAAAUCCUUUUACCCAGGAGAUAUUUCUUUUGAGUGAGUUAAGAUUUGCUAGAAGAGAAAUUGUUUCCUGCAGGAUAUAACUUUUAAAAUGCUCUUAUGCCGCUGAGAUUAAGAAUCUUGCCUAUUUGAAUGCCAAAUGUAUAAUUUGCUACUGCAUAAUUUAAGCUUGCCGAGGGCAGUUUUACUGGGUGUAUGAAAAUGUUAAACACAUCAGUAAAAUAUCAUUUUUGUUUCAUUUAUUUUUUGCCUAGCAGGAUCUCUUAAGCUUGAAAAAGAAAAAUAAGGCAUGCAUAUAUACAUUUUUAAAUGGAAAAAUGCAACGUUGGAAAUUGUAUUUCAGAGCAAUCUUGGGCACAGGGAUACUCAAUGUUUGUUUCGUGUAUACUCAGUUGCUUGUCUUUAGAAUAUCAUGACACCCAGUGGCUAGCCUAAAGAUAAGUCACUUUACGAAGUAGCCAGGGCUGCUUUGUAAAGUCAGAACGUCUUCUGAGAAUAGAUAAAUCAUGUUAACCAUGCCAGCAUAUGCUUUAUUUUAGAAACAUAGGAAGGAGCCUCAGACCAUUUGUCCAUCUAGCUCAGUGUUGUCUACACUGACACUUUGGGGGUUCAGACUGGAGACAUUCUCAGCCCUAUGUAGAGAUGCUGGUAAUUGAGCCUGGGUCCACCUGCAUGCAGUGCAACCCCAUUUUGAAUAAUUGCUCUGUCAGCAGGGGUGGGGAGCAAUGCAGAGCAAUCAAACCCCCCUAGAUGCUGGAAUUCCCACCCUAAGCAGCGCCUGCAGUUUCACUAGACAUUGCCACAUGUUUUGAAACCUGUUGCCUGGGGCCUAAAGGGCUAGAAACCUCCUUCUUUUAUGUAAAAGCCAAAGUUCUCAGAACGCUGGAACUAGGGAAGUUGGGUGAAUGCUCCCAUUUGAACCUGUUGCUUUUGGUUCUGUGCACUCACUCGCCGUUACAGUCUCCAUUUCUAAAAUCAUACUACUUAAGAACAUAAAGAAAAUGAUAAAUACACUCACCAUUGUCAUUGCCUUGCUUAAUUUCCUCAGCGGUCCGAUCUAUUAGUACAUACAGUGACCAAACUACACAGGUAAUAGCAAUAAUGUGGAAUGUGACUGAGCAGACAAUCUUCCUCCUCUCACUUGUUGUCAUCUGUAGUUUUUCCCACUGCAAAUGGCAAACAGAAAUGGUUGUGUUUUCAGGAGUUCUUAUGUUAUUAAACUUUCCCCACCCUGCUAAAAUUAGCAAUGAGGAUAACUUAAUUUUGAAAUCUCCUACUUGUUCUCUAAAAUACUGGCAUUCAGGGCUUCCUUAAUUGAAGAGAAAUAUCAAAAUUAAUAAAAUAAGCUCAAUUUUGGAGAU